CUCACCCACUAGAGCAGUAUGGUUAGCAGAACAGUGCAGUGCCGUUGUAGUAUGUCUGCAGCGAGUGCGCCCACUGCAGGCGUGCAGAGUCAGAGACGGGGCCGAAAGCAUUCCCCCCACCAAAGUUGUUACCCACUAUGUUUACCCCUCAAAGUUGAACCAAGUCCGCUUUCGUGCAGUCUUGCGCUCCAUGUUGUACAGAAUAUUGCAAUGACAGACUCGUCUUCGGAAGAAGAAACAAUUUGUGUAGCUAUGGUGCUACAAGAGGAUCAGCCAAAGCGAAUAUGGGUGCACGAUAUUAACAAGAAAAGAAACGAAUUCGGGGAGUUCCACACGAUAUUUCACGACCUAACUGAAGACGAUAAAAAGUUUUUUAUCUACUUUUGCAUGAGCUAUGCCAAAUUUUGUGAGCUAUUAUUAGCAAUAGAGCCACGCAUAGAGAAGAAGAACACGAAUUUUAGAGAGGCCAUAACCCCAAGAGAACGGUUAGCAGUGACCUUAAGGUUUUUGGGGCAAGGGGACACAUUUCGAGUCAUUGCUCUAACGUACAGGAUGGGUGAAACAACAGUUCGUAGAAUCGUUUAUGAAACAUGCGAGGUGAUCUGGGAGGUUCUGAGCCCCAUUGUUAUGCCUCCACCUACAAAGGAAAUCUGGGGACAUAUUUCAUCUCGAAUAUGGGAUAAAUGGCAGUACCCAAACGCACUCGGUGCUAUGGAUGGGAAAAAUGUGGUAUUUGAAAAGCCAGGUGGAAGUGGCUCCACAUUUUUUAACUAUAAAAAGGAGUUUAGUAUAGUUCUUCUAGCACUUGUUGACGCAGACUACAAGUUUAUAGUUGUUGAUGUUGGAGCCCAUGGAAGGACAAGCGAUGGUGCAGUUUUCUUCAGGUCUCGUUUGGGGAAGAUGUUAACCGAAGGUACACUGGACAUACCCGUUCCUAAAAGUUUACCGAAUGAACCUGAAAUAGUUCUGCCACAUGUUAUUGUUGCUGAUGAGGCCUUCCCACUCCAAGAAAACAUCAUGCGACCAUACCCUGGGCCCCAAGUCGUAAACAACGAACCUAACAAAAUCUACAAUUAUAGGCAUAGCAGAUUUAGGCGAGUGAGUGAGAAUGCUUUUGGCAUACUUAGCAAGAAAUUCCGAAUUUACCAGUGAAAGCUACAUAUAUCACCAGACAACUUGGAUAAGGUUAUUUUGGCAACAACUUGUUUGCACAAUUUCCUUUGCGGUGAUGACGAAUAUCUCUGGCAGCCUGGAAAACUCGAAGCAGCUGUAGAAUCGCUAGGUCUUGAAGAUAUACCACGGAUAGGGGGAAGACCAAGCGAAGUUGGGUAUGCUGUUAGAGAGCAACUCAAAACAUACUUCGUUUCACGUGCAGGCAGCGUGAUAUGGUGUACAGUGGAAGGAGACAACUACCCAAUGAUCCUUAAACCAUCAUGUUAGGGACAAAGGAGAGGAAUUUACGCAAUUUAACAUACUGGACCUGCGAGGAAUACAAUACUAUACUAGCACGAACACCAUUGUACAUCAUGCUACUUCACAUGAGGAAUGUGUUAUGCUGUUGAACGUAACCAUUGAUUGUAUUUUGUUGUUUUCAGUAUAAGUAUAUUGUACAUAAAUAGUAUGUGUGAUUCAAUACAGCAGUUGCCACAGUCACUUCUAGUGUUAAAAUCACAAAUAUGUCGCAAAGUAGUACCUAACUAUACUGUUUGUACACGGAAGGUACAGGUACAGUUGUCCCUGUGCUCAACGAAUGAAAGCACGACGCCAUUAAAGGCUUAUGGGGGAG